UUUUCGAGCAAUCCAGCAGGCGGAUGAAAAUCGAACCGAAAACAGUUCGAAUUCUAACCGCUAGAAUUCGAGUGCCGCCAUCUCUGUUCCAUCAAACGUUCCUGACAGGGUUAAUCGCAAAAAUGAUUCAAGAAAACUCAUUAAUGGUUGAAAAAAUAUAAGCGUGUAGAUAAAAUUUGAAUUUGAGAAGAGAGGAGCCAUAAAAUAGGAGGAAAUUUUUUUUUACAGUUUCAGUCUGUGAAAUUUCUGUGUUUAGGCUUAAACACGGCUUAAAGUUACAUGUAACUGUUGCAUAGAAUCACAAUAAUGGAUUUGAAUUCGAGUAAUUUUUCUGACGAAGAGUAUGACCCGGACUCAGCUGGAGAGUGUUUCGACCGGCAGCAGGAAAUAGCUCGUAGUGCAUUCGCCGACAUGUGCCACGAUACAGAACGGAAUCAAAAGUACGACCAACUUCUGAAGGUCACCAUCCAGCGACUGCAUGCGAAUGGUAAACAGGCACACGUCCUCGACAUUGGCACCGGAAGUGGACUGCUGUCGAUGAUGGCUGUCCGAGCGGGUGCAGACAGCGUGACAGCUUGUGAAGCGUUCCGUCCAAUGGCCGAUUGCGCCGAACGAAUCAUUGCGGCUAAUGGAAUGGCAGAUCGGAUUCGUUUGGUAAAAAAAAGGUCGACCAGUAUGCAGGUUGGUCCUGACAAAGAUAUGGAGCGAAAAGCCAAUGUUUUGGUAACGGAACUGUUCGAUACCGAGCUGAUUGGAGAGGGGGCGAUAGCAACCUACCAGCACGCUUGGCUCCAUUUACUGGAGCCUGGUUCUCCAGCAAUUCCACAUUCGGCCUCGGUGUAUGUCCAAAUUGUUGAAUGCCCCUUGGCUAUGAGUUGGCAGACGCCUAGGGAUUUGUUUAAUUGCGAUGGUGAUCUCUUGCUGAAAACUCCGAGAGAUGUGAUCGAAUGCCGAGGGUCUUCCGCUGUUUUCGACUUACAACUGAGCCAGUUACCAUUGCGGAGUUUCCGUGAGCUGUCGAAACCGGUUGAGGUAUUCUAUUUCGAUUGGUCAGGGCGUAUACCCUUGGAGCGUAAAAGGCAUCUUCGAAAAUCCGUAACGCUGGAAGGCAAUGGGGUGGCCCAUGCCGUUUUCAUGUGGUGGGAACUUCAUAUGGGGGAUUCGGAAAUUAUAAAGUUGAGCUGCGCACCCUAUUGGUCACACCCAGAUUACGUGAAUUUGGAAGCCCGGAACACGAAUCUUGUCUUACCGAAACGAAAUUUGAUUCCUUGGAGAGAUCAUUGGAUGCAGGCCAUUUACUUUUUACCGAAACAACCUUCCCCUCUCUUAAUGGGUCAAACAGUUAUGUUGGAUGCGUACCAUGACGAAUUUUCCUUGUGGUUCGGUAUUGAUCAACCGAACCUUCCACAGCCGCAUUGUUCCUGUGGAAUGCACAUAGCAUAUUCGAGAUCUCGAAUCGGCCAACUAAACGAAGAUUUGAGGAACAAGCAAAUCCUAAUGUACUUGGAAGAACAUCUGGACACCAAUUCAGCUGUACUUGUACUAGGGGAAGGGUCUGUUUUGGGAUUAGCAAUCGCUACCCUUGGAGUCGCUAAAGUUAUUUUACUGGAAAGCAGCAGCACCUCUAGACAAUGUAUGGAAAAUUACAUGGCCAAUAAUCAGAUUAAACAUGCCCAGAUUGUUUCGCAAUUGGACCAGAUUGAGCUCGCUGAAAUCACACAUGUUUUUGCCGAACCCUUUUUCAAUUCAGCCAUUCUUCCAUGGGAAAAUGGUUUAAAAUACAAGACACUCGUAGACAGCCUAAAGCCUCGGCUUCGGGACGAUGUGAAAAUCAUUCCGGAGGCCUUCAGUAUACUCGCCAUUCCAGUGGAAUUUCUCGAUUUACACAAAAUAAACGCUGCGCUAGGGACCUGCGAAGGUUUCGAUCUUAGCUUGAUGGAUCAAUUAAUAGAGGAUCAUUCCACCGUCACCGACACGAUGGUUGAAGCUCAACCCUUGUGGGAAUAUCCCUGUUUCGCACUAGGGAAGCCUGCAACAUUGAUAACCAUUCCGUUGAACGUCAGCUUUCCGGAGGAUAUAAAACGCGCGAAAGGGCAGAUGAAGGUUCUACGCCAAGGCGUUCUAUCGCGGUGUAACGGAAUAGCCGUGUGGGCUGAAUGGUUUCUGGGUCGUUCGGGCGGUUAUGAAACAACCAUUUCAACGGGGCUUCAGACUCCGAUUGAUGCUGACAAUGUGCUCAGCCCGCAUCCCCAACCACUGAACUGGAACUUCAAUUGCAGGCAAGGUGUGCAAUUGGUGAAGGAAACCGUUAGAGAUGAGAUCAGCUGGAGUGUCGAAUAUAAUUCGACAACCGGUAGUUGUAGUUUUCAGUUUGAUGUUUAGUUAUCUUAUCAAAAUACAAUAAAAC